AUGCUUUUCAUCAACUCUCUACUCAUCCCCUCCCUCUUCCUGGGCAUUGCUUCAGCCAGCCCGGCACUAUCAGUCCAUGAACUUGCCGUUCGAGCAGACCAGCUGCCAAGCUGCGAUGACAAGUCCAAACACUACGAUGGACGCUACAAGGAUGGCCAAGGUCAGUACGUGACCUCAGACGGCAUCACCCAUCCGUACAAGUUCCCCCGAAUCCGCAAAUGCUGGUGGGACUACUACAUUGUCGAAGCCAAUAAGGAAGUUUUGCCCUGGCAAAAAGCUUCUGGGAAUCGAUACUGCACUGGCACUUCGACCUGCUCCAUUACCCAACUGACAGGCAAGUCCGUUUGCAAGGAACGGUCCGAGAGCAUCAGCGCCAGCGUCGGACUCGAUAUCGAAGGGUUCAAAAUGGGUGUUGAGUUUACAGUUACGAACUCUGAAUCUCGCUGUGUUCAAGCGUCUGACACUACUCAAUGCGUGUGGAGUGACCAACAGUGUCAUACCAUUUGGACCCAACAGCAUAUUUUGAGACAAAAGGGGUAUCGAAGGCAACGUUGCGAUUGGGGCAAUGGCGAUGAGACACAGUGCAUGGGGAAUUGGGAACAGACCACGCCUUCGGACGAUGUUGAUUAUGGCUGUGGUUCUAAGUGUACUGAUACCAACGCAUGUGGUCACACCGAUGGAACGCCUUGUAACUAG